UUUUUUUGGUUGUCGACUUGUGUUGUUAUCUUUUAACAAGGACCAUUAAUCAACUAAAAUAUAAGAAAAUAUAGUACAUGAUCAGUAUAUAGUGGUCAAAUCCAAAGUAGUCAUCUUUAUCAAUUUUCAUGUAUAAGGAAAGUUUAUGAAACAUUGUUUCGUGACGUUCCACUUAGUGAAUUAAAUAAAUUAUUUAUUUCUUUAUCUAAUUAUUUUAUCUUGUAUUGGGUAAUAGAUGGAAGGAGAUCGUAGAUGGAUGUAUGAUAGAAAUCAUCCUAAUCGUGGUGGGUUAAAGGAAGAAUUUGUAGAAGAUGUUAAAGGAUUUAUUGCUUAUACAAAAACACUUCCUGAAUUUCGUAAUGAAGGAACAAUCAGAUGUCCUUGUGCUAAGUGCAAAUGUAUAAAGUUAUUGAUACCGGAGGAUGUUAAAGUUCAUCUUUACAGAAAUAGGUUUAGAAAAUAUUAUUAUGUGUGGACAGUUCAUGGGGAGAAAAAUCUAGUUUUGAUGGAAAGUAACAUCCAUUUAAUCAUAAAUAAACUGGCAAAAAAAUUUCCAUGUGAUUUUUUCAAUGUAAUGGAACAUCUCCCAGUUCAUCUUGUAAGAGAGGCACGACUUGGAGGGCUUGUUCAAUGUAGAUGGAUGUAUCCAUUUGAGAGGACUAUUUGCAAAUGUAAACGGACGAUGAAACAAAAAUCCAAGAUUGAGGGAUCAAUAUGUGAAGCAUAUCUAGUGAAAGAAAGUUCUCAUUUCUAUUCAUAUUAUUUUGAGCAUCAUGUGCUAUGUUUGAGAAAUAGGCCAAAUUGGCAUGACGAUGAAGGUGAUAAUGACACGAUGAAGGUGAUAAUGAUCUUUUGGCACCGCCGAUAUCCAUAUUCAAUCAAAUUUACUUUUAUAAUAAUUGUAAUUUUUUUACUGAAUAAUUUCAAACGAAUCUUGGAAGAGUUCAUUCAAAGCCAGUCGAUUGAUGAUCAAGGUAGGCAAAUCCAACCAACCCAAGAGGAGAUCAUGGACAUGUGGAUUAAGGCAGCUGGUGGCUGCAUAAGGGGAGAGUCUACGGCCUUGAAUCAGAGUUUAGUAUCGGCCGUCGUACUUCUGAAUUGUCUGAUUCUUAUUCUUCGUCACAUUGCUCGGUUGAUCUGGAUGAGUUUGAGCAAUUGAAUAGGAAGGUAGCAAAGAUUACAGAGUUGCAUCUUUAAGAAAGGGGUGCAAGGGAAGAAUAGGCAAAGCGAAGGGAGGAAGAAGAUAGGCGAAGAGAGGAAGAGGAAGAAGAUAGGCGAAAGGAUGAUCCAUUAAGACUUGUCACUAGUGAUGUUAAAAGUCUCAUGUCUCUGAUAAACUCACUCUUAGCAUCUGGUACAUUUCCUGUUCCCCGUUUUUCAGCAUCUGAUGAUAACUAAGGAGUAGUUUCUUUUAUUAGCUUGUAUUGGAUGGUACUUGGAUGUUGAAUAUUGAAUGUUAGAUUUUUUGAGUUUUUGUUCUACUUUUGGAUUAGUUGGAUUAAUUAUGAAAUGGAUUGAUUAGUUGUUGUUUAUGAAAUG